UUUUUCUCUGUUUAAUAAAACAAGAAUCAUAGAUUAUACACUUAAUUGACAAGAAUCAAAUGGAACUUUAAAAUAAAACUGUUUUAAAGCAAAAUUAAUGUCUCAUAAUGUCGAAAAUCAAUCAUGCUGAAGAUUUAGUGGAAGUGGUUAAAGAUAAAAUCAAGUUUGGUGAAAAUUUAAUAAUACAGCUACAACCAAUUCAGCAUGUUGAAGGUGUUAUGAAAUUGCAAAGGAAAAUUAAGCAAGAAAUAGAAUUUUUGAAGAGGUUGGAAAAAUCAAAAAACUUCAAGAUUGAACAGUUGGCUUGUUCUAACCUGCGUCAUCUUGGAUCAAUGGUGGAGUGCGCGCUUAGACCUUAUGUGCUCGCUGUGUGUAAAACAUUUCACAUAGAUAACUGUAAUAAACUAAUAAUAGACAUUGUUGGGGAUCAAGGCAAUACAUGGACCAAAGUGAUAGCAAGAAAUCCAAAAUCUUUAUCUGCUUUAAGUGCAGGGAAAUCUUCAUAUGGAGCAAGAUCUAUUUUAGAUCAAGCUGAUGACUACUUAAAGUGCUCUAAGCUAUACCCAUGCAUGUACCAGCCACCAAAGGUUGUGUUUGAAUUUAUGAGUGGAAUAGAAGAAAAUUUAGCAAAUAAAUUAAGAGCAGUUGGUAUAUUUGUGAAGGGUGAAAUUUUACCAAAUUCAAUUGUUCAAGACAGUGGUGGUGAAUCCUUUGAUUCCCAAAGCAGUGAUGAUGAAUCAAAUUGCAUUAAUAUGCAAUCAAAGAUACCUGAGCUUAAUCAUGGCAUAGAUCAUUCUGAAAUAAAAACUCUAAACUUGGAUGUAACAACCAUGAUGGCAUAUGUGAGCAACAUGACAAAUGGCCAUCACAAUUUUAUCUUUAAACAGGAAGUUUUGACACAGCAAUGCUCUUGGGAAGCAGAGAGACCUGUAAAACCAAUACUAAGAAAAUUAUUUGAAGGCAAGAAACUAGUCUGCUGUGAGACAGCAUGGAAUGACUUUGAAAAAAUACUUGAAACAUUAGGAGGACCAAUGGAAAAGAAAAGAACUGUUCUUUUAAAAGAAAUGAUUACAGUUUAUCCUGAUGACUUUGGAGGUGAGGAUGAUUAUCCGAGGCAAAAUCUUAAAGUUCGAGGCCACGUUCGAGUAAGAUCCAAGAUUAUAUUCAAUUUUGGUCAUCGAAUCAAAGCGCUUACAGUCUCGGCAAACGAAGGCUUCGUCAGGGCUGCUCUUCAACAGGGCGUAACAUAUGCGGCUUUUGUUCACGAGUCAAGAGCUCUCACUGAAGGGAAGGAAGACUCUGCAAGAAGGAUAACUUUAUGAUACUUUAACGUAUUUAUUAUGUGCAGUUAAAUUUUUGUAUGUUUGAAACAGAUUUUCUGUGAUAAAUGAACUGUGAUUAAAAAAUUGAAAAUCAUAAGAUGUGGUUGAAAUUAGAUAAAGUUAAAACUGCAAA